AUGGAACAGGAACAACAGGCGCAAGAAGAAGAUGCGUACGGAACUUAUACAGAGGCGGCUUGGGAGGCAAUCACGUCAGCCGAAGCAACGAUCGUCAAGAUGAGAGAGAAGGAAGUAGAAGUCGAAAAUACGCUGGAAAAUCUACAACGGACAUCCGUAAGGCGGAACCACGGAGAUGGGACCAAUGAAGUCCUAGCAGUGUCAUCGAGGGAAUCAAGACAAAGUUCACCUGCAUCGUCAAUACCAGUUCAAGUUCAAGUGUUCUUACCACGUCUACAGCUGCCUAAAUUCAGUGGAAAGCGAAAAGAAUGGGAUUCCUUUUGGGCUACAUUCAAGUCAAGCAUCGAUGAUCAGCCUCUUAGUCAAAUGAUGAAGUUCAAUUAUUUGCUACAGGCGCUAGUCGGAGAAGCCCGACAAACAGCAGCACAAUUCGAAAUGAUCGAAGAAAACUACCAGAUCGUCAUCGAUUUUUUGAAGAAGAAAUAUGGCUCGGACAGCCUCAUAAUCGAAGAACUACUAGCACACCUUGAACAAAUUCGUGCCGAGGGAGCCAGCACAAGGCAACAAGCCAAGUUUACUAGAACGGAUUACAGCAUUGUUGAUGCAGUUAUCUACAGAAGGCCAAGACAAAAUAGACUCAGAACACAAGGAACAGCUCGCCAAAGCAGCCAAAAUGUUAUUACUUCAGAAAGGGAAGAAAGACACAGCGUUCCAGAGGAAGACAGCCAAGUAUACCAUGUCAGUGGCAGGAAGACCCAAAAGACAGGUGCAUUGCUCCUCACAGGAACCACAACAGUACAAGGGCCAAGGAGUACCAAACAAGUCCGCAUAUUAAUGGACACAGGGAGCGAGCUUUCAUUUAUCGAUUCGACACUCGUCGAUGAACUGGAAUUGCCUAUCAAGGGAAAAACCACACUGAGACUAAAGACAUUUGGUACGGAAUCAGCCAAAGAGACCCAACAUCGCAUCGUACUGGUAAACCUGCUGGAUAAACAAGGACAAACGCACACAUGUGAACUGCUCGACAGCCCAAUGAUUGUUACUACAAGAAAUUGUCAUCAGCUCACUCAAGAGGACUUGACAUUUAUCAACCAACGAGGUCUUUCUCUGUCAUCAUCACCAGAAGACCAAAGUCAAACACAAAUCUUACUCGGAUGCGACCACUUAUGGGAGAUGAUGGAAGGCAAAGAAUGCAAACUACCAUCUGGAAUGCACGUGAUCGACACUAAGUUCGGACAUAUGCUCUCAGGACGUCAAACUACUCAAAAACCAGCGGAGAACUUUGAAGUGCAACAGGAGGAGGAGGAUAAGGAUAAUUGGCCAACCGAAACGAAACUCUUCCAAUACACCCCUCCGGCAAUAGAAGUCCUUCAAGAUCACAACGCCUGCACCAGAGAACACAAUCAUCGACGUGUCGCGAUUUGGUUCAACGAUAAAGUUGAGACGAACGGUAGCCAGAGUCCUCAAGUUCCUCCAAAAGGUGUCGCGUAA